CUACUAGGUGGGGCUUCAAAUUUUGGCUGGAGAUCUUUCUGGGAGUAAUGCACGCUGUGUUGCUAUGCUUCAGGCAAUUAGGGACGCCAUUACUGACUACACACUUCCACAGGACAAAACAUUCAUCGCUCGAGAUUUACUUGCGAAAAUCAAUGGCUAUGUUUCGUUUCUUAACGAAUGCAGGCCACUAUCAUUCAGUAUGGGUAAUGCCAUUCAGUUUAUUAAGGGUCGUAUAGCCAAGUUACCUCAGACACUAUCUGAAUCAGAAGUGAAGGAACAUCUGCUUUCAGACAUUGAUGGUUUCAUCAAUGAGAAAAUUGUGCUGGCAGAUAAAGUAAUAGUUGGACAUGCAGUUUCAAAAAUCAAGGAUGGCGAUGUUAUACUAAUGUACAGUUCAUCAUCUGUCAUUGAGAUGAUUAUUUUAUAUGCUCAUGAGAUUGGAAAGCAGUUUCAUGUUGUUAUAGUAGACUCUCGUCCCAUGCUGGAGGGUCAAGCACUACUUCAAAGACUGCUAAAGAAGGGGAUCAACUGUACGUACACACACAUUGGUGCCGUUUCUUACGUCAUGCAUGAGGUCACAAUUGUUUUCCUAGGGGCGGCAUCUAUAUUAUCCAAUGGCACUGUCUACUCAAAAGUGGGGAGUGCAUGUGUUUCAAUGGUUGCUCAUGCUCUCCGUGUUCCUGUUCUGGUUUGUUGUGAAGCUUAUAAGUUCAGUCAGCGAGUGAUGCUUGAUUCCAUUUGUUGCAAUGAGUUAGGGAAUCCGGAGGCAGUUUCGCUGGUCAGUCGAAGACCAGAUGCCAAUAUUUUGAAGAAUUGGACAAGCAUAGAAAAUCUUCAGAUUUUGAAUUUAGUUUAUGAUGCUACUCCCUCGGACUACAUCUCAAUGAUCAUAACGGAAUAUGGCAUGAUACCCACCACGAGUGUGCCUGUGAUCGUUCGUGAGUAUGGGAGGGAGCAUCUUCUAAUGUAGUAUCAUGUGGCAGUUAAUAUACCUUUCUCCUUAGCUGAUACACAUACAAUGCUGAAGCCUAACUGGUAAGACAUAUAUCUCAAUGCUACUCUAUCCGUCCAAGAGUUUUUCGUCCAAAGUUUGACUUUUAUGAGUCAAACUAAAUGAAACUUUAAUUGUCAAUUACAUUAAAUUUGCAUGGCGUAUAAAAAACUUAUAUUUUCCAUAAGCCUAACGAAUUUUUUUUGUUUUCUCAUACCCAAUAUAGUUUUUAUUUAAUUGGUGAAUAAAAUUUGUCCAUUUUGAUUUGUACGAGUACUCUUGGAACUGGAACGGAGGUAGUAUUUUGAUACAGAAUAGAGCAAGGAAGAUGAGUCAGAACAGAACAAGAUAGGAAUAUGACAAGCCUGUCAAGGCCAUUUGUUGCUCGUAUCUGUGUCGAUGUUGAUACUAGCAAAGACCUGCCCAAUGGUGUCUCGAUCCAUCUUGGCCAACUUACAUUUCACCAACCAAUCAUUUAUGAAGAUCUUCCUGAAUAUUUCCCCUCCUGUAAAUCUUUUGGACAUAAAAACUACAAAAAGGCCACAACCUCUAGAUGGGUGGUGAAGGACACAACAGGGACUGGGAAUAUAGCACCUGCUGUAGCCGUCCCUCCGUUGUUGCUCCAAGCUAAGUUGCAGCUGGUGGAUAAGCAAGAUGAUGCUCUGAAUCAUGAUGGUCCAAAAGAGGAGGAGACCACUGUUAUGGAAACUUGCUCCUCUGCCCAGGCCGAAACAAACUUGGUACAAUCUCUCCAGGUCGAAACAUACUUGGUACAAUCUGUCCAGGUUGAAACACACUUGGUACAAUCUGUCCCAAAAUCUGAUGCCAAUGGUUUGGAACAGAUAUUAGUUCCUGCAGCUGAAACCUUUGAAUCUGAAAACGAGGAACAAUCUGCUAUAGAUACAGCUACACAUAAGGCAAGUGUUGAAGCUUUGGAAACCACCAUUGAUAAUGGUAGGGAUGCUGAGGCUCCCGCGCCAACUGACAGUGCUGAAAACAAAGGUGUGUUGGUUGAUAUUGAACAAAUCCAGGUUUUUGAGGAUGCUUUGGAGAACAACAAAAAUCCUACUAACAACGACCCUAAUUUCGGGACUGAACAAAGCUGUUAUGACUCAACUACUAUUGGACCAAUUCUUCAGUCUUUUGAGUUGGAUGGUGAACAUUAUGAAAUCAGGUCCUACGUUGAAGAAGCGGAGACAAGUAACCAAAGGAAGGAGCCUAACUUCCAAGAUGUCCAGAGCAGACGCAGCAAAAAAGCGGGGAAGAGGGGAACUGCACCAAGGACGAUUAAAACCAGAAGCUACGAUCCAAACCUUGAAGUUGGAACGGUGAGCGAGAUCACUAGAUAUUGGCCUAGCCACAAAUCAACCACAAUGGAGAAAAUCGUCACUACCAAAAGUUACUCUGGGCCCUUUUGGUACGUUGGACCCGUCGGCCUAAUUGGGGCAGAUGGGAAAAGACCAAAGAAAAUAAUGCCCAGAAACCUCGCUUUGGAUCAACACCCGGGUUUUAUAAUUUGAAUGAUCAUUUGUUUAUCUCUCGUUUCAUUUCUCAUUUAGUUUUCUUUUUUCGUGCAUUUCUAGAGGGGCAUUGGCCUAGUCCUCCCCUCCCUGUACCUUUCUUUUACCUUUUUGAAAUAAAUUUUUUGUUUUUAA